GCCGCGGUUAUUUGGUGAGCGCUGGUGGUUUAUUCUUCCGUGGAGUUAAGGGUUCCGUGGACAUCUCAAGUCUUCAGGGUCUUCCAUCUGGAACUAUAUAAAGUUCAGAAAAUAUGUCUCGAAGAUAUGACUCCAGGACCACUAUAUUUUCUCCAGAAGGUCGCUUAUACCAAGUUGAAUAUGCCAUGGAAGCUAUUGGACAUGCAGGCACCUGUUUGGGAAUUUUAGCAAAUGAUGGUGUUUUGCUUGCAGCAGAGAGACGCAACAUCCACAAGCUUCUUGAUGAAGUCUUUUUUUCUGAAAAAAUUUAUAAACUCAAUGAGGACAUGGCUUGCAGUGUGGCAGGCAUAACUUCUGAUGCUAAUGUUCUGACUAAUGAACUAAGGCUCAUUGCUCAAAGGUAUUUAUUACAGUAUCAGGAGCCAAUACCUUGUGAGCAGUUGGUUACAGCACUGUGUGAUAUCAAACAAGCUUAUACACAAUUUGGAGGAAAACGUCCCUUUGGUGUUUCACUGCUGUACAUUGGCUGGGAUAAGCACUAUGGCUUUCAGCUCUAUCAGAGUGACCCUAGUGGAAAUUACGGGGGAUGGAAGGCCACAUGCAUUGGAAAUAAUAGCGCUGCAGCUGUGUCAAUGUUGAAACAAGACUACAAAGAAGGAGAAAUGACCUUGAAGUCAGCACUUGCUUUAGCUAUCAAAGUACUAAAUAAGACCAUGGAUGUUAGUAAACUCUCUGCUGAAAAAGUGGAAAUUGCAACACUAACAAGAGAGAAUGGAAAGACGGUAAUCAGAGUUCUCAAACAAAAAGAAGUGGAGCAGUUGAUCAAAAAACACGAGGAAGAAGAAGCCAAAGCUGAGCGUGAGAAGAAAGAAAAAGAACAGAAAGAAAAGGAUAAAUAGAAUCAGAGAUUUUAUUACUCAUUGGGGCACCAUUUCAGUGUAAAAGCUGUCCUACUCUUCCACACUAGGAAGGCUUUGACUUUUUUUAACUGGUGCAGUGGGAAAAUAGGACAUUACAUACUGGAUUGGGUCCUUGUCAUUUCUGUCCAAUUGAAUAUUGUAAUGAUGAUGGUUACUCUUCAUGGACAUCUUAAUCUUCCACACACAUCCCCUUUUUUUGGAAUAAAAUUUGGAAAAUGGAAAUGAAGGAAUAAA